CAGCGGAGAAGACCCGGCUCCCGCGGUGGAGCCCGGCAGAAGAGGGAACAGAGAAGACAGUGGAGGAGAAGACUGGGUGGCCCGGCAGAAGAGGUAACAGAGAAGACAGCAGAGGAGAAGACCGGACCCCUUCUGGUGUUUCUUCUGGUUCAGACUGGACCAGGAGCUGGUGUUUCCAUUGGUUCAAUCUGGGCCAAGAACUGGUGAUUACCUUGGUUCAGACUGGGCCAAGAGUUCAUGUUUCUCUUGCCUCAGACUGGGCCAGGAGUUGGUGUUUCCUUGGUUUUUCACCUACAGGGAAAGGUGAAUAGUGAAUCUAGAGGACAUUUGGAGAGCAAAAGAAGAAUCAGACUAAUUGUUCACUAGACAUACAAGGUUCUCCAGCAUGAAGUAACUAUUUACGAUCUCAGCCAUGAGUUGGGCCGUUACUCUCUGUGCCAAUAUAUGGAUUGUUAUGUAUGAACGCCUGAGACAGUUGUAAUAGAGAUCCGUUGAUCUCCUCGGCUUAUAUCAGUAGCUGUCUGUUAAACCGCAAGUUCCUGUUCACGUCUUCACCAGUUCCUGCUUCUUCUGAGAUCCUCGAAUAUUUCCUUAUAAGGUAGUAAAACUGACUUUCCUCUCCAGCAGUCUAUAUAAUGAUUUGUGAGACAGAGAACGGAAGGAGACUACGGACACCGAUGUCUCUCUGGGGUUACUAUUCACAGAAUAAGAUCUUAUAAAACACGUAAAGAAGGUUUUCUGUAAGAUCUGACCUCGGUGUGAGUACUUAGGAGAGACGUGCCGAUCAUUACAGCCGUUGCCUGGAGGGAAAGGAGAGACGUGAGGGUUGGUGGAACCCGGACUGCAGAGUCCUGGAAGCCGGUGCUUGGAUGUAAUGUGUGGAUUGAUGAACUGAGUUUUUGGUCAUCCUUGUCUUAAAAAAUAAGUCAGAUGAGAAACGAGCCAUAGGAGUGUCUUAAGUGACAGAAAGUUAUUCUUGCAAUUUACUGGAAGAUUCACACAGGAUUCAAGACAUAUCAGUGUUUCAAAUGUUGUAAGUGUUUUGGAUCCUCUUCAACAUUGAUCCAUCCUCAGAGGACAACAAGAGAGAAGUCAUUUCAGUGUUCUGGAAGUGACAAUGACUUUACAAUAAAGUCCAACCCAUGUAUACAUAAGAGGAGUCAUUUCAGAAGAUAUUUCUCGUUUGGAAUGUAAUAAAGGUUUUACAAUGGAGGCAAAACGUAUCACACACCAGAAGGUUCACAUUGGAGAGAAGCCAUAUAAAUGUUCUGAAUGUGACAAAACUUUUUCAACCAAGAACAAGCUUAUCAUACACCAGAGGGCUCACACUGGAGAGAAACCUUUUCAGUGUUCUGAAUGUGGCAAAACUUUUACACAGAAGGGUGGCCUUAACACGCACAAGAUGAUUCACACUGGAAAGAGGCCAUAUCAAUGUUCAGAAUGUGACAAAGCUUCUACAUCUAAGUCAUAUCUUAUCAGACACCAGAAGAUUCACACUGGAAAGAAGCCAUAUGAGUGUUCUGAAUGUGACAAAGCUUUUAUAACAAAGAAAGAGCUUAUCACACACCAGAGGGUUCACACUGGAGAGAAGCCAUAUCAGUGUUCAGAAUGUGACAAAGCUUUUACAUCUAAGUCAUAUCUUAUCAGACACCAGAAGAUUCACACUGGGGAGAAGUCAUGUCAGUGUUCAGAAUGUGACAAAGCUUUUAUAACAAAGAAAGAGCUUAUCAGACUCCAGAGGGUUCACACUGGAGAGAAGCCUUAUCAGUGUUCAGAAUGUGACAAAGCUUUUAUAACAAAGAAAGAGCUUAUCACACACCAGAGGGUUCACACUGGAGAGAAGCCGUAUCAGUGUUCUGAAUGUGACAAAGCUUUUAUACAGAAAGAUAAUUUUAUUACACACAAGAUGACUCACACUGGAGAGAAGCCAUAUCAAUGUUCAGAAUGUGACAAAGCUUUUACAUCUAAGUCACAUCUUAUCACACACCAGAAGAUUCACACUGGAGAGAAGCCUUAUCAGUGUUCAGAAUGUGACAAAGCUUUUAUAACAAAGAAAGAGCUUAUUAUACACCAGAGGGUUCACACUGGAGAGAAGCCGUAUCAGUGUUCUGAAUGUAACAAAGCUUAUAAAACAAAGUCACACCUUAUCAGUCACCAGAUGAUUCAUACUGGAAAGAAGCGGUAUGAGUGUUCUGAAUGUAAAAAAGCUUUCGCAGAGAAGAGAGACCUUAUAAGUCACCAGAUGGUUCACACUGGAGAGAGGCCCUAUGAGUGUUCUGAAUGUGACAAAGCUUAUACAGACAAGAAAGGGCUUAACAGACAUCGGAAAAUUCACAUUGAAGAAAAGCCAUAUGAGUGUUCUGAAUGUGACAAAGCUUUUACACAGAAGUCAUGUCUCAUCAGACACCGGAGAAUUCACACUGGAGAGAAGCUGUAUCAGUGUUCUGAAUGUGAUAAAGCUUUUACAGAGAGGGAAACCCUUUUCCGACACACAAGGGUCCACACCAGAGAGAAGCCAUAUAAAUGUUCUGAAUGUGGCAAAGCUUUUGCAUGGAGGUCAUAUCUUAUCACACACCAGAGAAUUCACACUGGAGAGAAGCUGUAUCAGUGUUCAGAAUGUGAUAAAGCUUUUAUAGCGAAGACAAACCUUAUCACACACCAGAGGGUUCACACUGGAGAGAAGCUGUAUCAGUGUUCAGAAUGUGACAAAGCUUUUACGAAUAAUGCAAAACAUAUCACACACCAGAAGGUUCACACUGGAGAGAAGUCAUAUCAGUGUUCUGAAUGUGACAAAGCUUUUACACGUAAGUCAACCCUUAUGACACACCAGAGGAUUCACACUGAAGAGAAACCAUAUCAGUGUUCUGAAUGUGGCAAAGCUUUUACACAGAAGUCAUACCUUAUGACACACCAGAGGAUUCACACUGAAGAAAAACCAUAUCAGUGUUCUGAAUGUGGCAAAGCUUUUACACAGAAGUCAUACCUUAUGACACACCAGAGGAUUCACAAUGGAGAGAAACCAUAUCAGUGUUCUGAAUGUGGCAAAGCUUUUACACAGAAGUCAUACCUUAUGACACACCAGAGGAUUCACACUGAAGAGAAACCAUAUCAGUGUUCUGAAUGUGGCAAAGCUUUUACACAGAAGUCAACCCUUAUGACACACCAGAGGAUUCACACUGAAGAGAAACCAUAUCAGUGUUCUGAAUGUGGCAAAGCUUUUACACAGAAGUCAUACCUUAUGACACACCAGAGGUUUCACAAUGGAGAGAAACCAUAUCAGUGUUCUGAAUGUGGCAAAGCUUUUACACAGAAGUCAACCCUUAUGACACACCAGAGGAUUCACACUGAAGAUAAACCAUAUCAGUGUUCUGAAUGUGGCAAAGCUUUUACACGUAAGGGACACCUUAUGACACACCAGAGGAUUCACACUGAAGAGAAACCAUAUCAGUGUUCUGAAUGUGGCAAAGCUUUUACACGUAUGUCAACCCUUAUGACACACCAGAAGAUUCACACUGGAGAGAAACCAUAUCAGUGUUCUGAAUGUGGCAAAGCUUUUACACAGAAGUCACACCUUAUGACACACCAGAGGAUUCACACUGAAGAUAAACCAUAUCAGUGUUCUGAAUGUGGCAAAGCUUUUACACGUAAGUCACACCUUAUGACACACCAGAGGAUUCACACUGAAGAUAAACCAUAUCAAUGUUCUGAAUGUGGCAAAGCUUUUACACAGACGUCACAUCUUAUCAGACACCAGAGAAUUCACACUGGAGAGAAGCCAUUUUAAUGCUCUGAAUGUGACAAAGCUUUUACAUUAAUGUCGGCAUCAUCUAUCACCAGAGGAUUUACAAACUUCAGCUGCAGAGAGGAA